CUGUGGUAUAACUGCUCAGUAUUAAAAUGCCUUAAGAUACCAAUACUCCAGUAUGACAGAGGACAUCACAAAGUAUCAUAAUCCUCAGUUUCUUUUUCUUAUUGCUGCCUAUUUGCUGCUUUUCCAAUGUCAAAGUUUUCCUUUUGUGUCCCCAAGUCCGCACAUUGAUUGUCAUCCUACAUUGAUCAGUUGUCAGAAAUAGAAAUUGAUCCAGAAUAUUUAUAUUCGUGAUCUAGAAAAUAAUAGGCAUACUAAUGUUAUACAAAUAAUAUUUAUUCACAAUAUUUUGAACAAGAAAAAAAAACAAAACUGAAGUCCCGCUUAGUCGGAAGUUGCCAGUAAUCCGAGCAGUCUUGAAUGCGACAUGUGACCAAACGCGGAUGUAAGCGACGCAGCUAUCUCACGUUACUGAAGGCAUCAUGGCAGGUUAGGGCCGGUGUUUCAUGCAGCUGUAACAAGCAAUGCUGUAAAACAGGUAUUUGUGUGAACCUGCAUUCCCCUCACCCAACAGACUACUCCGUGGCCAUGUCUCAGAGGGACCAGAAGGAAGCGUUUGUCAGUAAUCUCAAUGGGACCAGUCUGGAGGAGGUGGCACUGGGCUCAUUUCUCAGCCCACUGUGCCUCAUCAGCAGAGGACUCAUUUUGAUCCUCUACCAUCAGGCCAAAGGGAGUCUUCCUCUGCCACAUCCACUCAUUUCUCAUCUGCUUCUGGACUUCUUUGUGCUUAUCCUCCCCCUCGUCCUGUCAUGUACCAUCCUGAGCAACAUUCUUCACCAGGUCAUCUUGAGCUUAAUCUGUGUUUCGGCUUGUGUGAUUUUCUAUAUCUACCGUACCAACAGUCAUCCUGCUCGGCACCGGCAGUCCACUGUCAGCACCUUCCUUCAGAGUCACGUUCAGUUCAACCAGGUUCCCUUUGUGACCAUCUUUAGAGUGUUUGUGAAUGUGAAAACAGCUAUCAGCAUUCUCGCCGUAGACUUCAGUGUCUUCCCAAGGCGAUACGCUAAGACAGAAACCUAUGGGACAGGUGUUAUGGACUUUGGUGUCGGAGCAUAUGUCUUUGCAAAUGCCCUCGUCUGUCCAGAGGCACGGAGGAAGAACAUCUCUGGAUCCAAGAUGAAUCAUCUCUCUAAGCAGCUCCUAUCUGUCUGGCCCCUGGUUGUUCUUGGUAUGGCACGGCUAGUGAGCGUCAAAAUGACCAGCUACCAUGAGCAUGUGACAGAAUAUGGCGUCCACUGGAACUUCUUCUUCACACUAGCCAUUGUGAAAGUUGUGGCUUCAAUGUUUUUAGUCAUCUUACCAGUCAGCCAGUCCUGGGUCUUCGCCCUUCUGAUCGGAGGACUUUAUCAGUUCGCUCUGGAGACGACAGGGCUCAAGGAUUUCCUUAUCCACAACAAUGACAGAGAGAAGGACUUCCUGCAUGCUAAUAAGGAGGGCAUAUUCUCUGUACUGGGCUAUGUAGCCAUCUACAUGGCAGGAGCACAGGUUGGACUCUAUGUGAUGCAGCCGAGAUCCCAGGUUAGAGAGUGGCUCAAAGCACUUUUCAACAUCAUGUUGGGAAGUCUUGGGCUUUACGCUGCUUUGUACAUAUGUCAGACCUUUGUGGAGCCAGUGUCUCGGCGCUUUGCUAAUUUACCUUUCUGCCUGUGGAGUGUUGCCCAGUCCCUGUUUUUUAUGUUCUGCCUUGCUACAGCUGAUGUGGUUUUACUGUUUUCCAAAAGAACAUCAGGCUGUCACUUGCUGCCGUCAUCGUGGGAUCUGUAUAAAAAGCAAUCAUCAGAUUCAGUCUCUGACAAAAAGAGAGAUGAGAUGGACAGAAUGUGCCUCAUUCAAGCUGUCAGCAAGAAUCAGUUGUUGUUUUUCUUGCUUGCAAAUGUCAUGACAGGAUUGAUCAACUCCAUCGUGAACACACUUAGUUGUAGCGAUUUAUUUUCAGUGUGUGUUUUGCUGUCGUACAUGUUCAUGAAUUGCAUUGUAAUAUAUGUUUUACAUCUCCUUGGAAUUACAGUCAAAUUCUGGUGAAAUUGAAUUUGUAAAACUAUUCUGAAGGUUUUUGUGGAGGGCUAGAGUUGGGGAGUUGGGGAGAUUUAAUGUUGUAAGAAGAUACCAUUGCACAUGCCUUCUUUAUUUAUGAAAAUAAACAUGUCUAGAUAAAAAUGGUACCUCUGAAUCAGUGAGGACUUGGACUUCAAUAUAACGUGAACCAAAUGUGCUGUUAAAUGUUCUUAAAUGAUUUGCCUUUGUCAUAAAACCAGUCAAGUUAUUGCAGCUAAAUAAUGCAUUCAACUCGUCAGCAGUAAGUAUAAACUGUUCAUGCACUCAUCAGAAUGGAAAACUGCAUUUAAAAUAAUGCAGCACUUGAACAAAGCCUGUAUUGUUGAACUUUUGCUCUUCUGUAUAUACUGUAUAUGUUCUGUUUUUUACUUUUUGCUUUCUUAAUCUCUUUCUGGUGUUUAUUCCUUUCCUGCUUAUUUCAUUACUCAGUACAGUUCUGUUUGUUGUAGAUGAAGUUUUAGUUUCUCAUCCUAACAUCACUCAAAUAUCAGUGACAUGUUUACACCAAACCUCAACUAAAAAAAAGGGGGUCGAAAUCUAAUACCACUAACAUAAUUUAUAUAUACUGUAUAUAUAUGAUGAAUGCAAAGAAACAAGCAAAUAAAAAUUAAGC